AUGACAGGUGGAAAGGUUGCCAACUCAAAAGCAGAAACUGCCUUCAUCAGUACCGGGUUCAGCAACUGGAAGGACGCCACUAAGAAAUUCAAAAAACAUGAAAAUUCAGAGUGCCAUAAAGAGGCGGUUGAAAGAAGCAUCACACUUCCAAAACAGACAAAAGACAUCGGUGAGACCUUAUCUUCGGCUCACGCUCAAGAGAAAAUGAACAACAGACAUCAGCUUCUCAAGAUAAUAAGAAGUAUCCGGGUUUUAGCUCGCCAGGGACUAGCUCUACGAGGUCAUGACGAUAACAACAGCAACUUCAUUCAACUGUUGAAAUUACACGGUCAGGCGGAUGAUUCUAUUCUUACAUGGCUUGAAAAGAAAACGGACAAAUUCACUAGUGGUGACAUUCAAAAUGAAAUACUGCAAAUAAUGGCAUUAGGAAUUUUACGGAGGGUGGCAGCGAACAUUGGGACUAAUCGUUUCUAUUCUAUAAUGGUGGAUGAGGCAACCGAUCAGUCAAACCGUGAACAAGUUGUGCUUGUAUUAAGACAUGUGGACAGUGAUCUGAAUGUGCAUGAGGAUUUUAUUGGACUUUACCUUGUUCAUUCUAUUGACGCGCAAACAUUGACCAAUGUAAUUGAAGAUGUGCUACUCCGUAUGAACAUUUCCUUGUGCAACUGUCGUGGACAAUGCUACGAUGGAGCAAGUAACAUGUCUGGUGCUAAAAAGGGAGUUGCAACACAGUUGUCAAGCCGUGAACCCCGUGCAGUGUAUACGCAUUGCUAUGGACAUGCUCUGAACCUGGCAGUUGGAGACACAGUGAAACGUUCAAAAGUCAUGAGAGACGCAUUAGAUACUGUAAAUGAAAUGUCAAAGUUAAUCAAAUAUUCGCCAAAGAGGGACAGCAAACUAGAGGAAAUUAAACAGGAGAUGAGCCCAGAGACGCCGGGAUUUCGCGUUUUGUGUCCUACGCGUUGGACUGUGAGAGCAGCUAGUCUCGGAAGUGUUCUUGAAAAUUACAAUGUGCUACAAUCUUUAUGGGAAAGCUCGUACGAAAGUGCCAGGGACUCUGAAACACGUGCACGUAUUCUAGGUGUUCAGUCUCAUAUGUCUAAUUUUGACUUCCUGUUUGGUGUUAGCUUAGGGUACGAAAUUCUCAGACAUACGGACAAUUUGAGCAAAUGUUUGCAGAACAAAGACAUGUCAGCAGCUGAAGGUCAGCAUUUAUCCAAAAUUACGCUUGGAACACUCAGUGAUAUGAGAAAGGAUGACGCCUACGAUAAGUUCUGGGAAAGUGUAAAUGAAAAACUGGACACUUUGGAUGUCAGUGAGCCUGUAAUGCCUCGACGUCGUAAAAUGCCAAAACGUUUCGAGACUGGGGAGGCACCACACGAAUUUCACGCCACAGAGAAAGACCUGUACCGCCAGAAAUAUUAUGAGGCACUGGAUUUAGCUGUAAACUGUGUGCAGGAUCGAUUUGACCAACCCGGUUACAAGUCCUAUCGUCACUUGGAAGAUAUGGUACUUAAAUGUGUCACCAAUGACUCUUCAUACCUGGGAGACAUGGAUUUUGUGGUAGACUUCUACAAGGACGAUAUAGAUAGACUCUCACUAAAAUCUCAACUGGAAUCUCUGAAAGUACAUGCUCGAAAUAGCUGUGACAAUGUUUCCAAUGUUACUGUUUCUGAUGUUACCAAAUUGUUGACAAAUAUGAAACCAGCUUCUCGCGCUAUGUUCUCUGAAAUUGUUACUGUCUUGAAACUGAUAUUAGUUAUGCCUGCCACCAACGCUACAAGUGAGCGUUCAUUUUCAGCUUUAAGGAGAUUAAAAACGUACUUACGUUCCAACAUGACUGAAAAACGUUUGAACCACAUUAUGAUUUUACAUAUUCACAGAGAGGCAACAGACAGUAUUGAUCUCGAUGCGGUGGCAAAUGAGUUUGUGAACAGCAACGACUCACGUCUUUCCAUUUUUGGAAAAGUUUAA